AUGCAAGAUGACAUCCAGAAUAGCUGUCGUGCAUGUGGUGAGGCCGACAAUAGCCGGAUGGUUGCUUGCGAUAAGUGCGAAGCUUGGUGGCACUUCGACUGCGUAGGAGUUGGAGAAAGCAUCUGCGAGAAGGAUUUUAUCUGUCAGGAGUGUGUCCCUGGAGAGAAAGAACCCGAUGCCACAAAAAACGCACCUAAACCACCUAACGUCGCCGGCUCGGACGUCGGAUCGUCUGCCAGCAGCACCCGAAACAGAACGAAGCUUCGCCUGAUGAAACUACAGGAACAGAAGACAAUAAUGAAACGACAGUUGGAACUGGAACAAGCUGAGCAGCGGAGACGCCACGAAGCGGAAAGACUCCUGAAGGAAAACGAAGUGGAGAGGAAACAACUCGAAAUCGAUGAGCAGUUUUUGCUGGAAAAGUACCGCGCGUUAGAAGAGGAGUGCGACGACGAAUGUAACGACCAAAAAAGCCGGAAAUCAGUUCAGAGCAGCAUCAGUAAAGUCAACCGAUGGCAGGCACAACAUCUAGGGGGUAUAGUUAACUCUACCUUAACCACCCAAGAAACAGUUCCAGUUUCGGAGUCGACUACGACAGCUGUCGUCCAGGUUCCAACGCAUUCCAAAGCACACCAGCCAGUGGCAAACGCUACAACCGUUACGAGUGUGUUCAAACCAACAAUCCUCGAAACCGCCCCAAUCGCGACAACAUCGGCAUCCAACAGUAGGAGCGCUGGUGUAGUAGCAGUGCAAUCGAGCCACUCGAGAGUUCCAGUUUCCACAUCGAGUUCAUCCAUACCGGUAUUUCCGAAGAAUACGAUGCCGCGACCAACUCCUGCUAUGAAUGGUGCACCCAAUCAAAUCAGUCAUCCUGGGAAUAGUACCACCCAUCAUUUGGGAGGAUUACUGAAUCGAACUUCUAAACAAUAUCCGUUAGGGUUUCCACAAAUAAGCGAUGAGAACAUCAACUAUAGAAGCCAGGUGAAAGGUAUUAUGUCAGGAGAACCACAUUAUUCGCGAGGCAAUAUGAUGCCUGCACAGGAAAUGUAUCAAGGCAGUAACGAUAAUCCGUUAAUAGGAGUAAAUAUCUCGCAAGGUAGUACGAUGCCUGAACAGGAAGGGUAUCUAGGUAGCAAUAAUAAUCCAGCAUACCUCCCAUCCUACCACAGUUAUCCUUAUCCAAUCGAUCGAAGUUGUCCUUUACCUCCGGGGUUAUCUGGGGCAAACCCGUCGCAACUGAAUGUGCAUUAUCCUCCCGUAGUUCAUCUACCGUCGUUAAACGAAAUGGGGCCCACACCCCGACAGCUGGCUGCGCGUCAGGUGAUGUUAAAGGAGCUUCCUACGUUCUCAGGGAACCCGGAAGAAUGGCCUUUAUUUAUAAGUUCGUUCACCAAUUCCACUAAUGCCUGUGGUUUCACGAAUGCGGAGAACCUGAUGCGAUUGCAUCGAUGUCUACGAGGACCCGCUUUAGACGCUGUACGAAGUAGGCUUUUGAUUCCGGAUUCUGUUCCGCAAGUAAUAUCCACACUGCAGACUUUAUAUGGGAGGCCGGAAAUAUUAGUGUAUGCUCUGUUGAAGAAGGUUCGCGAAGUUCCAGCACCAAAGCCCGAUAAAAUCGAGACGCUCAUCGGAUUCGGAAUGGCGGUUCAGAAUCUCUACGACCACCUUCAUGUUAGUAAUCAGGAGGCACAUUUGAACAACCCUACGUUGCUUUAUGAAUUGGUGGAAAAGCUGCCGGCCAAUCUUAAGUUGGACUGGGCAAUGGUCAAACGUCAACAACCGGGAGCAGAUCUUCGAACGUUCGCUGCGUACAUGUCCACUAUAGUAUCUGCAGCUACGGAAGUUACUCUGAUAGUGGACCAAAAGCCGAGUCAAUCGAAGCACGAUAGAUCAAAGGAAAAGAAUUUCUGUAACUCACAUUCAGUGGAAGCUCACAGUCAACCCAAGCCCAUGGGAAGUAGUCCUAUGGGGAAGCAGUGCCUCGUGUGUCAAGAUCCCUCGCACAAAGUAAAGGAUUGUACUACAUUUCAGAAGAUGGAUGUCGACAAUCGAUGGAAAUUGGUACAGAAGUUAUCGCUGUGUCGCAAGUGUUUAUUUUCGCACGGCAAGCGCCCAUGCAAAUCUAAGGGACGUUGCGACGUAGAAGGUUGUGAGUACAGGCAUCAUCCGUUGUUGCAUUCCACCGCGAAGAAGAACAGUCCAACAACGUCCAGCAACACUGCAGUGCAGAACCAUCAUCACUUCGGGCGAGGAUCACUGUUUCGCAUCAUUCCCGUGACGCUGUACGGGCGAGAACGAUCGAUUACGACGUUCGCUUUUCUAGACGAUGGAUCGUCUAUAACUCUGGUCGAAGAUUCGUUAGUUGAAUACCUAGGUAUCGAAGGCAAAGUCGAUAAUCUGUGUCUAACUUGGACGGCUAAUGUUACUCGCUCAGAGGAGCUGUCUAAACGGGUGAGUUUGGACAUAUCGGGUGUCGCACAGCAGAAGAAAUUCACUAUUGCUGAAGCACGAACGGUAAGGAACUUGGGAUUACCCAAGCAGACCAUGUGCUACGAGGAAUUCGUGGAACUUUAUCCACACCUCGCUGGGAUACCGAUCCAAGACUAUGAGGAUGCUGUUCCAAGAAUUUUAAUUGGAAAUGAUAAUGCACAUUUGAGUGUUACCUUGAAGAUGCGUGAGAGGAGAAUGGAUGAGCCCAUCGCCACCAAAACGCGACUGGGAUGGUCAAUCCAUGGUCCAACGGCGACGGUGGAAAAGAAACGGUGCUUCAGUAUGCACAUGUGUCAGUGUGCCAGUAAUGACGAAAGCUUGCACGAAUUAGUGAAGCAGUAUUUUUCGCUGGAUAAUAUGGGGGUGUCUUUGAAACGAAACGUAGAGUCCGACGAAGAUCAGCGAGCGAGGCGAAUUUUGCAAAACACUACACAACGUGUUGGCUUUCGUUUUGAAAUCGGCUUGCUGUGGAAGUACGAUAACUUCGAUUUUCCCGACAGCUAUUUCAUGGCUGUCCGAAGACUGGAAUGUCUGGAGCGAAGGAUGAAAGCGAAUCCCGAACUCUGUGUUGGUGUGAAUAAACAAAUAGAAGAAUAUAAAAGAAAAGGAUACAUCGUGAAGGCAACUGAAGAAGACCUGAUUACUGCGGAUCCUCGAAAAGUUUGGUAUUUGCCAUUAGGUGUGGUCAUCAACCUCAAAAAGCCAGGCAAAAUCCGCAUUUUCUGUGAUGCGGCCGCGAAAGUGGACGGAGUGAGUCUAAAUACGAUGCUAAUUAAAGGACCUGACUUACUAGUACCCUUGAAGUCGGUUCUGACCGGUUUCCGUGAACGGAGAGUAGCGGUUUGCGCGGAUGUGAAGGAAAUGUUUCACCAAAUGGUAAUGAGACGGGCAGACAGACAAGCACAACGAAUCUUGUUGAGGCAGAAUCCGAACCAGGAACCACAGGUUUACUUCAUGAAUGUGGCCACCUUUGGUUCUGCAAGUUCACCGUGUUCUGCACAAUUUGUUAAGAACCUUAACGCUAGCGAAUAUGCGGACCAAUACCCGGACGCGUCGGAUGCCAUAAUACGGAAGCAUUAUGUUGACGAUUAUUUGGACAGCAUGGACAGCGAAGAGGAAGCGAUUAGAAGGGCGAAAGAGGUAACAUUCGUCCAUUCGAGAGGCGGGUUUAUAAUUCGUGGGUGGAUGUCAAACUCAGAGAAGGUGUUACAAAAGCUGGGUGAGUCCACGAGCGCUGAAGUUAAGGAGUUAUCCAAGGAGAUCGGAAACUUCUCAGAACGAGUGUUAGGAGUAUUAUGGAUGCCACGAGUUGAUGCCUUCACGUACUCUGCCAACUUCGUUACAGUGCCUGAGUGGCCUACCAAAAGGGAGCUGCUCAAGACGGUGAUGAGUCUAUAUGACCCUCUAGGAUUUCUAUCGCACUUUACCGUUCACGGAAAAAUCCUCAUACAGGAUGUUUGGCGCAGCGAUGUCGCAUGGGACGAUAAAAUCCCAUCUGAGCUCAAGCAGCGAUGGGACCAAUGGGUUGCUCUUUUCCCCUCUUUGGAAAAGGUGCGCGUGCCGCGUUGUUAUUUUCCGGGGCAGUCGUCAACGAAAUUAAAAAAUAUACAAUUGCAUAUGUUCGUGGAUGCCAGUAUGGCCGCAUUUGCUUGUGUUGCUUAUCUGCGCGCUGAAGUAGCUGGACAAAUACAAUGUGCUUUGGUAACCGGGAAGGCGAAGGUAGCUCCACUCAAGUUAAUGUCUGUGCCCCGAUUGGAGCUCCAAGCUGCGGUGCUAGGGGCGCGACUGGUCGAGAGCAUCUGCUCCACUCACACUCUGCCUAUCACAAAGAGAUUCAUUUGGACCGACUCGAAGACAGUGUUGGGAUGGAUUAACUCCGAUCAACGAAGAUAUCGCCAAUUCGUGGCUUUCCGCAUUGGGGAGAUCCUUGAGAAAACAAAAGCCAACGAAUGGCAUUGGGUUCCCUCGGAUUCGAAUGCCUCUGAUGAUGCGACCAAGUGGAAAAGGGGACCGAAUUUGUGCCCGGAAGGUCGCUGGUUCGGAGGACCUGAUUUUUUACAUUUGAGUGAGGAGUAUUGGCCAUCAAUCCCAGAAGAGAAAUAUGACACAACUGAGGAACAGCAGUCCAGUAUGGUAAUGCAUCAUUAUAUCAUCGAUUCGGUGUUUGACUGGGAGCGGUUUUCAAAGUGGAACCGUUUGUCUAGAACCGUUGGGUUCGUGGUUCGAUAUCUCGGAAAUUUGAGGGCAAUAGCACGGCGACUUCCUACAACGAAGGGCCCGCUGAGUCAAGAAGAGUUGGCAAAAGCGGAGGCGUGGAUAUUUCAUUCAACCCAAAAAGAGAUCUUCGCAAAGGAAGUGACCAUGUUGUCUACAGUUGAUACUACAGGAAAAAGUGUGAGACUAAAUAGUGACAGCAAGCUCUUCAAACUUUCUCCGUUUCUUGAUAACAACGGCGUUUUGCGUGUGGAAACCAGGAUAAGUUUAGCAGCAUUUGCAUCAUAUGACACAAGAAAUCCUAUCAUUCUUCCUCGGUAUCAUCGUGUAACCAAGUUGAUCAUCUUGUGGUAUCAUCAGAAGCUUCUACACGGUAAUAUGGAAACCGUAAUUAAUGAGUUACGACAGCGAUUCCAUGUAUCCAACCUACGCACCGUCGUUCGAGGCGCAGUGAAGGAAUGUCUGCAUUGUAGAGUGUCCAAGGCAGUUCCUUCGGUACCCAGAAUGAGUCCUCUACCAGCGGCCAGGCUAAGGGCAUUUUUUCGACCGUUUACAUUUGUCGGUCUGGACUACUUUGGCCCAAUGACGGUCCGCGUAGGACGUAGCAAUGUGAAACUUUGGGUAGCGUUAUUUACAUGUCUUUCGAUCCGUGCUGUGCAUCUAGAAGUCGUGCAUUCAUUGUCGACAGAAUCGUGUAAGAUGGCUGUUCGGCGAUUUGUGGCACGGCGUGGAUCUCCGUCAGAAAUUUACAGCGAUAACGCGACAAACUUUCUAGGUGCCAGCAACGAACUUCGGAACGAGAUCAGGUCCAUCAACGGGAACAUAGCUGAAACUUUCACGAAUUCCAACACAAAGUGGUUAUUCAUUCCCCCGGCCUCCCCACACAUGGGAGGCGCUUGGGAGAGAAUGGUGCGAAGCGUAAAAGUUGCAUUUUACGCUAUCUCCACUACUAAGCUUCCCACGGAGGAGGUGUUUGGUACUGUUUUAGUGGAGGCCGAGAGCAUAGUCAACUCCAGACCUUUGACCUUUGUACCUUUGGAUGAAGAAAAUCAAGAAGCACUAACACCUAACCAUUUUUUGCUUAUGAAUUCAAAUGGAGUUGUGCAGCCUUCGAAAACGAUAGACGAUCCGGAUGCUGUAUGCCGUAGUGAUUGGGACUACUGUCGACGCAUGGUGGAUUUAUUUUGGCGACGAUGGAUACGCGAAUAUUUGCCCAUAAUAUCCCGAAGGACUAAAUGGUUUGGGGAGGUAAAACCGGUAAAGCAAGAAGAUUUAGUAAUCAUCAUUGACGAUAGAAAGCGGAAUGGAUGGAUGCGCGGACGAGUGCUGCAAGUACAGAUGGGCCAAGAUGGACGUGUACGCCAAGCGUGGGUACAAACAUCGACCGGAGUGUUGCGAAGACCGGUAGCGAAACUCGCGGUACUAGAUCUUGGUUCUGGUAAAACUGGUCCUGGGAGCGCUGACCAGUGUUACGUCCCGGGGAAUGUUGCGACGGUUACGAGCACAUACGUUAGACCCCUCGUUGCCACAGUUGACCCCAACGAUACCGUUGCUGGCGAGAUAGAUAGGAUCUGA